AUGGGAAAAGUUGAAAGCAUGAAAGCAGCAGGUCAGGUGGUGGCUAGUAUUUUAAAGGAGUUAAAAAAAGCAAUCCAACCUGGAGUUUCUGGUAAGGACUUGGAAAAAAUUGCUCACGAUUUGAUGAAAAAAAAAGGAUUUAUCUCCUCUACUUUAGGCUAUCGAGAUUUUCCGGCGGCUAUUUGUGUUUCUCUGAAUAGUGAGUUAACCCAUGGUAUACCUGAUAGAAGAGUUUUUCAAAUAGGGGACAUAGUGUCAGUUGAUGUGGCUUGCUAUCAGAAAGAUAAACAAGGAAUUAAUUAUCACGCUGAUGCUGCUUUAACUACUGUGGUUGGUAAAGGAAGUGAAAAAGUUGAAAAUUUAUUGAAGGUUGCUAAAAAUAGUUUAUAUUACGUUAUUCAAAAUAUUCGUCCUAAUAUUACUACUACUCAAGACAUUGGGGCGAUGUUAGAAAAAUACCUUCGAGUGAGGGGCUAUUUUCCUAUUAAAGAAUAUGGAGGCCAUGGAAUUGGUGAGUCCAUGCAUCAAGAACCAUUUGUUCCUAAUUACAAAAUUGCUAAUAAGGGACAAAUUAUCCAGGAAGGGAUGUUUAUUUGUAUUGAACCAUUAGUUCAGGAGAAUGAUGAUCAAGUAAUGGUGGCCUCUGAUAACUGA